AUGAACCCAGCCAUGGAAAGAUUACAACAAAUUGCCCAAAUCGUGGCCCCGGGUGUUAACUCCGAGGCAACCAAGCUGUUGGAACCAAAGCACGCCUUCCGUAUUGCCGUGAUCGGCUCCGGUAAUUGGGGAACCACCAUCGCCAAAAUCCUAGCCGAAAACUGUCUUUCCAGACCACACUUGUUUCGUCACCAUGUGAAGAUGUGGGUAUUUCAAGAGAAGGUGGACGGCCGUAAUUUGACGGACAUUAUCAAUGAGGACCAUGAGAACGUGCGGUACCUCCCUGGAGUCAAACUCCCUAAGAACUUGAGAGCAGUUCCUGAUGUGGUGGAAGUAGCCAAAGAUGCCGAUCUUUUGGUGUUCAACUUGCCCCACCAGUUCUUGCCUCGUGUUUGCAAGCUGUUGAAGGGUCACUUGCAGCCAAACUGCAGAGCCAUCUCGUGUCUUAAAGGAUUGGAGGUCAACGCUGAUGGUGUGAAGUUGUUGAGCACCUACAUCACUGAGGAAUUGGGCAUUGCAUGCGGAGCGCUCUCCGGCGCCAACCUAGCCCCUGAGAUUGCUCGUGGCUGCUGGUCCGAGACCACUGUCGCAUACAAGCCUCCUGCUGACUUUAAAGGAGCUGGCUACGACAUUGAUCACUUUGUGUUGAAGGCUGCAUUCCACAGACCAUAUUUCCAUGUGAACGUGGUGGAAGAUGUAGCUGGUGUGUCGGUGGCUGGUGCCUUGAAGAAUAUCGUGGCAUUGGCCGUCGGAUUCGUUGAAGGUUUGGGCUGGGGUGACAACGCAAAGGCUGCCAUCAUGAGAACGGGGUUGUUGGAAAUCAUCAAAUUUUCACAAACGUUCUUCCCAGAACUGAGACAAUCCACAUUCACAAAGGAGUCUGCCGGUGUGGCGGACUUGAUCACCACCUGCGCUGGUGGCCGUAAUGUUAAGGUCGGACGUUACAUGGCCGAGACCGGAGAAGAUGCAGAGACAGCCGAGAAGAAGUUGUUGAACGGUCAAUCGUCUCAAGGUAUUAUCACAGCCCGUGAGGUGCACGAGUUGUUGGAGAAUGUACACAAGACCAAAGAUUUCCCAUUGUUUGAGGCCACUUACCAGAUUCUCUACGGAACAGAGAGUAUCGAGAACUUGCCUGUGUUGUUGGAGAACUGCUAG